UUCAUUCAUCACUCUUCAACUAAACACUUCACAGUUUCAUUCCCAUACGAAGGACACGUGGCCAAGAAAAGGAUGAAAGAAAGUAGCCGAAAGCAAGGAGCGGCGUCGCCAUGCGCGGCCUGCAAGCUUCUACGGCGGCGGUGCGCUCAAGAUUGUGUUUUUUCGCCGUAUUUUCCGGCGGAUGAGCCUCAAAAAUUCGCUAAUGUUCAUAGAGUGUUCGGAGCUAGCAACGUCAACAAGAUGCUUCAGGAGUUGCCGAUCCAUCAGCGGGGAGACGCAGUGAGCAGCAUGGUCUACGAGGCUAAUGCAAGAGUGCGGGAUCCUGUUUACGGUUGCGUAGGUGCAAUUUCCUCCCUGCAGCAACAAAUUGAUGUGUUGCAAGGCCAACUAGCUCUGGCUCAAGCUGAAGUGGUGCACCUCCGUGUGCGCCAUUCAACUAAUUUUCCGGGCCAUGGACUAUGCCCGGAUAGCCCGAGCAGCAGUGGCUCACCGUCCUCGAAGCAAGUGAGUCCACAGGACAACAAGGGCAUAUUUAGCCAUAUGGACAUGGUGGAUGAAGCCAGUUUGGGAGAGUCUAUGUGGUCUUGCUAGUUUGAUGUCCUUUUUCUCUAAUGCAUUUCCUCUUCUUUUUUUGGGAAAUUUUCGGGAUUAUAUAUUUAAUUAGGGGGUAGGGAAUGAAAAUACUCUGUUUUUACUACAGAGUGAAACUAUUAACAUGAUAGACACAGAUAUGUAUACUAAGUACUAUAAAUCUACCAUCUAUAUAUAAGUGGUACUUAUUUGUAUUUCGGGUAUUUGUGAUUUUGGACCAGGAUCCACGAGGGUCAUUUCUAGCCGACGAGAGCGCUUUGUUAUCGAUCUAAUGUAAACUUGUGAAAUAUAUAUUUAUCUCAAAAAAAGAAAAAAAAUAUUUAUCUUAA